AUGACCUCAUCCAAAGAAGAAUACUACAACCUAGGCACAUACAGGCGCCCCAUAAAAACCACCUCCCCAGCAACACAAGCCUGGUUCAACCGCGGCUUAAUCUGGACCUACGCAUUCAACCACGAGGAAGCCGCCAAAUGUUUCCAAGAAGCAAUAUCGCACGACCCGAACUGUGCCCUUGCGCACUGGGGGCUCGCGUAUACAUUAGGUCCAAAUUAUAAUAAGCCCUGGCAGUUUUUCGAUCAAGCCGAGUUGGCUGAGACGAUUCGGAGGACACAUGAGGCUGCGAGGGAGGCGGGGAGGCUUGUUUCUGAUGCCGAUGCGAAUGCAGCGGGCGACGAUGUCGAUGUGGAAAAGGCAAUCAUCGACGCCGUGCAGUUUCGAUAUCCGGAGAAUCACCCUCCUUCUCCGGGGACGGUAGAGGAAGAGGAAGAAGGGGAGAGCGAAGCAGAGCGCUGCUCAGCCUGGAACAAGGGCUACGCCGAUGCCAUGCAAAAGGCAUACACGCGCUUCCCCAACGACCUCGACGUCGCAGCUUUAUAUGCCGACUCCCUAAUGAAUCUAAACCCCUGGGCACUCUGGAAUAUACGCACCGGGCAGCCAGCACCAGGGGCGCGCACGCUCGAGAUCAAGGCUAUUCUGGAGCGCGCGCUAGACCUACCAGGCGGCCUCCAGCAUCCGGGCCUCUUACAUCUCUAUAUUCAUCUGAUGGAAAUGUCCGGGACGCCUGAGAAAGCACUAGUCAUUGCGGACCACCUCCGCGGCCUGGUUCCAGACGCAGGGCAUCUAAAUCACAUGCCGACGCAUCUUGAUAUCCUUUGCGGAGACUAUCGCCGCGCGAUAUCCUCCAACUCGGAGGCGAUUCGCUCGGAUGAGCGUUUCGUGGCACGGGCGGGACCCGUCAACUUCUAUACGCUGUAUCGCGCUCAUAAUUAUCACUUCCGUAUCUAUGCAGCUAUGUUCGCGGGCCAGUCGCGUGUGGCUUUGGAAACAGCAGCAGAGCUUGAGAAGCAGAUUCCAGAGGAGCUGUUACGGGUUACGUCGCCGCCCAUGGCGGAUUGGCUAGAGGGAUUUCUAGCGAUGAGGGUGCAUGUGCUCGUGAGGUUCGGUAAGUGGGACGAACUAAUAAACCUGGAGGUUCCCAAGGACCAAGAUAUCUACGCCGUCACCACGGCAAUGAUCCAUUACGGCAAAGGCGUCGCCCUGGCCGCGAUGGGCCGCAUCAACGAAGCAGAAGAGGAACAGACCCUCUUCGAAACCUCAUACAAUAAAGUCCCUACCACGCGCAUGCUCUUCAACAACACCUGCACCGACAUCCUCGCCAUCGCCUCCUCAAUGCUCGCCGGCGAACUCGCAUACCGCGGCGGCGACUUCGAAGAAGCAUUCACGCACCUCCGCCACGCCAUAACCCUCGACGACACCCUCCCUUACGACGAACCCUGGGGCUGGAUGCAGCCCACGCGGCAUGCCUACGGCGCGCUGCUACUAGAGCAAGGGCGGGUCGAGGAAGCGGCGGCGGUGUAUAAGGCGGAUCUGGGGCUUGAUGGGACGUUGCCGAGGCCGUUGCAGCAUCCGGGGAAUGUGUGGGCUUUGCAUGGGUUGUAUGAGUGUCUUGUAAGACUGGGCAGGAAGGGCGAGGCGGGGAUUGUGGGGGAAUUGUUGAAGUUUGCGGUUGCGGGGGCGGAUGUUGAGGUUCGGUCUUCUUGUUUUUGUAGGAGGGGGUGUAGUAAGUAG